GCCUCAGCCAAUGGAGUAGUCCAAUGUCACCACUCCUGUCUUCUCGUGAAACCAAGUCGUCGUCUUAACUUAACAUCGUCGUUCAUUGUCUAUUUUAAACUCACUAACUCUCGGGUAAUCACACAUAUUUAGAGAGUUUCAAGCAAUCCUCUUCCACUGAACCAUGUUGCAUUGUGGGACGAGUGCCUGUGUAUUUGUGAGACGGCCAGUACCAAGUUAACUGUUUGGUAUUACCACUUGGAGGGUUAACCAACUGUUCACGGAAGCAGUCAGCGUAGAGCAUGUGUGAUGUUCUGUGAUAGCGGUUGUUGUGGGGAAUCUCUGUUGGGGACAGAACAAGGCACAGCACGGCCAUGUAAAGAUCACCGCCAUGCUCAGCGUCAACAUGUCUCCGUAGCCGGGCCGUCAUGUUCAACUGCACGGAGACGGACGUGUGGGGGAACCCAUACACCUUCCAGUGUACAUACGGGUGCUGCGGCUCCAGCAGCUUCCGGUACUGUUGCUCUAGCAACGGAAACAGCUACAUCCCAACUCCAUGGCAACCAGAUAUUCCUGACUCUGUCAUCGCUGGGGUGACGGCGGGGUGUGUCUUGGGGCUGGUCGUCAUAGUGGGCGUGGUCUAUGCACUGUGUAAACACGCCAAGAAGAGGGACCGUUUCAUGGAUGAGGCCAUUAACAGACUUCGCAUUCCGCAAGGGAAAGCAACACGCCAGGUGAACGUGACGACCAGGAUGUACCCCGGGCCCAGGAGUGGGGUCAAGUUGCUGACAACCUACAUCCCCAGGGAAUCGCCACAAUUAGCCUCCACCCCAGUCGGAGACGCCCCUGCGAGUCUCAAGCCACAAAAACAACUUAAAUCGAAAAGGAAAGGGACAAAAUCGACUGGCAAUAUAAAACCCCAGACGCAUAAAACGCAGAACCGCAUUGCAAAAACAACUACUUCCGGUACGAACCGGAAAUCUCACGCGGAGGCGACACCAGGCCAACCUGGUGAUGAGAAGGCGAAAGGCAAAGCAAGAGGUACGACCGACGGUAAGAGAAAUGUGAAAAUGCCAAAUACAAAAGACACGAAACUGACUACGAACUUAAAAAGAUCACCUACCCUGAAGAGGAAAAACAAAAUAAGCCAGUGAACUUUGUUAUGUUUUGGAUAUAAACUUUGAUGAACUUUGUGUUGAAAGUGUCACUACCCCUAAUGUAUAUACUAAUACAGAGGGUAAUGUAUUUCCGUAUUACAGAAUUUCUGCCAUUACAUUUAGUAUUCCUUAUAGAUAUCAAAACUACAUUAGCCCACGAUUAAACUAGUUCCCGGACAUCUCUGCGUGCCGUCAGCUCAAGUAAAGAGCCGCGUUUGGCCGUCAGUUUAAAAGCUCAGCUCGUUAUUCUCACUUCACAUCCGGUUGGACGAAACGCGGCUUGAGCCCGGAACUAGCUGUGAUGCAAAUGUAUGUAAAAUGCACACUUAUUGUAUCAUAUUCUGUUUCGAUGAACUUACGUAAUAUCUAUUUCAUUUCUGUACGGGCAUUGACCUUAAGUAUGUUCACAGAAGAUUGUAACAAAAUAUUUUCAAGAUUAAUUUCCGAUUUUAUUACCCAUUGAUAUUCACUGUUUGACAAGUAAUCAACUGUUUAUGCCAUAACAUUUAUUACUCCUUCUUUUAUUUUAAAAAUUAACAUUUUAGCCACGGACUUGUCGUGGGAAACAUUUUAAACGUGCGUUUGUUCUGCUGUUGUCCCAGUGGUCACGUGAAGUUUGUUUAUAUAUAUUUGUGUGUGCGACACUUAUUUUUCUCGCAGUGUUAUUGACAAUAAACUAUGUAUACUAUA